AUGCUGCAGUGGAGAGGACUGCAGGAUCACAGGGGGGGGGGCAACAGGGCAGUGCUGGUGUCUGUGGCACAGUUUGACCCCGGGGUGAGGCUGGGGAGGAGGCCCGGAGCAGAGAGGGACGCCAAGAGACUCCACCGCACCCUCAGCAAGCUGGGCUUCAAGGUAGACAUCCACAGCGACCUCAGCGGGGACGACAUCUAUCAGCUGUUUCUGGAAGAGAGCAGGCGGCCUGUGAAGGACUGUUUUCUGGCCGUCUUGUCGUCUCACGGGGACGAGGGCUGUGUGUUCGGAGCUGAUGGGAAACGAGUCCGACUGUCACGUGUCUUCAAAUACUUUGACAACGAAUGUAUGGAGACGAAGGCCAAAGUGUUCCUCAUACAGGCGUGUCGGGGAGACGCUCUGGAUGACGGUGUAGAGGUGGAUUCAGCUGCUGACACCAGAGAGUGCAGCUUUUCUCAGCAUCUCUCUCUUCCUGUAGAUACAGCUGUGAUGUACGCCACACCAGCAGGUUACGGAGCUUUCAUGCACCCGCUGGGAUCAGUGUUCCUGCAGACUUUCUGCACUUUGUUAAAGGAGGAAGGCAACCGUGACCUGGAGCUGACCCGCCUGAUGACCCGCCUCUCCCACAGCGUGGCCUACAACUUCCAGGCCAGAGGCGGCGUACUGGGGGGGAAGAAAGAGAUGCCGUGCCUCCUGACUCGACUGACCAGAGAAGUGUUCCCGUUCGCUGAGCCGGGACAGACAGCAGGGCUCUCGGCCACCUCACUGCUCAGCGCCACUGAAAACGUGUCAACACGGACUGCUGCCAUCAGUUCCACUGCAGCAGCAGAGUGUGUGUGACGGUGUGUAUAAAGACAAUCAUUAUCAGCAGGGAUGUAGAUGAUGACAGGAGAUAAUCCAGCAGCUGAUGGAUGCUUGUGCUCACAGAAGACGUGAGAAACCUGCUUGUGUUUCCCUCACGCUGUCUGACUUCCUGUAGAAAAUCCAACAAUGUCAUUAAAGACUGCUGGAAGAUUCUGCA